AUGGCAAAAAACAGAAAAGCAACCAAAAAAUUUCAAAAAAAGCAAUUAAAACAAACAAUAGAGAAGCGACGUAAUGUACAGAAAUUUAAAAAGAGUGUCGAUAGACGACAAAUCAAGAAAAAAUUAUCAGCAACCAAAAAUAGCGAAAACAAAAAGGAAUCUGAAUUGUCCGAAAAUCUACAAACUGAACAAAAACUUUCAGAUAGCGAUGAUGAGUUAGGGUUAAAAGAAAUUAAUGAUCUCGCGCUAUCAGAUUCAAGUAAAGAAACUUUAGAGGAGGAAGACAUCGAGAACUUUCAAAUUAGUGAUGGAAGCGAAGAAAGUGAUGUAAUUAAUGAUUCAAAGGAUCAAAACAAUAGACAACCAAAAUCCCAUAAACAAAAGCUCUCUUUACAAAAAGAUGUUUUGGAACUUAAGAAACAACUUGAAGAAUUGAAAGAAAAAGAUCCAAAAUUUCAUAAAUAUUUGAUCGAAAAUGAUCAAGAGUUAAUAGAAUUCGAUGUAUCAGAUUUCGAUUCAGACUCAGGAAGUGAAAAGGACUAUAGCAAUGAAGAAAGCAUUGAGGAAAAUAAUGCUGGUAUUAAGGAAGCUGAAAGUAAUAAUAUGGAACUCGAUAGCGAAAAUGAGGAUGUUGAUGAUGAGGAGGAGGAGGAAAAAGCAGCUUUGAGAGAAGCUGGAUUAGACGAUGAUUAUAAUGAGAGAGUUCCGGAAUUAACGUCCGAAAUGAUCGAUAAAUGGAUACUUGCUAUGACUGAGAGCAAUGCUUUGAGCGCUACGCAUGCAUUAGUUUUGGCUUUUCGUGCAGCGGCACACAUUAAUGAAGAUGAGGCCGUUCAAUCUUUUGCAUAUAGAGUAUCUGAUCCAUUAGUUGGCUUAAAGCAUAUUCCCGACGUUUUUGAUCAUCAUUUGCGUGCAAAAGAUUCCGGGAAUCCAAAAUCGAUUUGUGCGCAUCGAAAAUGGAAAUCGAUGCAAACUUUAGUGAAAUCUUUCUUAAAUAGUGUUAUUUUUAUACUUAAACAAUUAACAGAAAAGGAUACAUUAUUUUUUAUUAUCAAAGAAUCAGAAAAGUUAAUCCCUUAUUAUUCGUGUUUUCCAAAAUUGGCGGGUCAAUACUUAAAGGUCUUAUUACAACAUUGGGGAACUUCAGAAGACAAAGUCCGAGUUGUAGCUUUUAUUAAUAUUCGAAAGCUCGCAUUAACCGCACCGUCCCCAUUUAUCGAUCUAUGUCUAAAGGGCAUUUAUUCGACAUUUGUCCAAUAUUGUAAAGAAACUUCUGUAUUUACAAUAACUUCCAUUAAUCUCAUGAGUAAUUGCGCGGUUGAAAUUUUUGGGCUCGAUUUUAAAAGGUCCUAUCAAUCUGCCUUUGGGUAUAUAAGACAAUUGGCUAUUCAUCUUAGAAAUUCCAUGAAUAUGAAAAGUGAGGAAACUUUUAGUGCGGUGUAUAACUGGCAAUAUAUACAUUGUAUAGAACUUUGGUCCAAAGUAUUGGCAACAUAUUGCGACGAACAAAGUGUUGCAUCAACUGGACAAAGUUCUUUACAAGAAUUAAUAUAUCCAUUUGUCCAAGUCUGCAUUGGAGUAAUAAAAUUAAAUCCAUCUGCGCAGUAUUUCCCACUUCAAUUUCAUUGUAUGCGCGCAUUAAUACAUUUAAUGCAAAAGACCGGAACAUUUAUUCCGCUUGCACCUUACCUUUUUGAAAUCUUGCAUUCUGCUGAAGUUUGUAGAAAUGCAAAGCCUUCUACAUCGAAACCUUUAGAUUUUACAAUAUAUUUGAAAGCACCAAAAAGCUACAUACGUACAACCGUGUAUCAGGAUGGAGUUUGUGAAGAGCUUACGGAGCUUCUAUUAGAAUAUUACGCGAGUUUUUGUUUAUCAAUAGCGUUCCCAGAAUUAAUAAUACCGGCUGUCUUUCAAAUUAAACGGUUUAUUAAAGCUUCAAAAAAUUUCAAAAUCAAUAAAAAGUUUCAACAAUUAGUCCUAAAGUUGGAAGAAAAUGGAAAAUUUAUUGAACAACAUCGAAAAAAUGUUGAAUUUGGGCCUGGGGAUAUCGAAAAAGCGAAAUCAUUUUUAAGAGAUGUUAGCAAGGAUUCGACACCUUUGGGAUCAUAUGCGAAUACACUUAGGAAAUUAAAAGAACAACGAAGAAAAUUAAUGGAAACCAAUUAA